AGUGAGGCAAGAGGUGGUGGCGGCCUUCUCCCCGGGGCCCUCCAGGCCCUCCGGCCUCGGGCUGGCGGGGCUGAGGUCACCCUUUGUGUCAGUAGCAGUCUGUUCUUGUUCCUUUCAGUCCUGGCAAGAAAAAGCAGGAAUUCUAAAAAGCGGCAAUUAUCACUCCUGGUUCCUUUGUACAGCGCCCGGUGAAUAAUUUAUUUGGAUUCGAGGGGCUGGAGACUGAAAAACAUAUUGGACCUCGCGGUAACCAGGUGGAUCUUGUGUUCAGAACUUGAAUGCAGCGGGAAAGAGAAAUGUGCCUUUGAAAUCAGAGAAGAUUUUGAGCACCUGAGAACACAGGUGGACGUGCUGGAGCCGGGCAGACAGCAACCAGAAGGAGUAUUUUUAUAGCACAUAAAGGUCACCCUCGAGGUUCCCACGUGCAAAUCCUAUAUUCUUUGCAGCUGGGGUUUGAGACCAACUAGGUCUGGAGCUGGAAAACUCCGGGAGAGGUGGAGCCCAGGCACUUCCCAAGUGCCUCCUGCUGCACUCGAUACCUGGAUUAAACAAAGAAAAUUGUGUUUGCCAGGCGCGCUCGCUGAAGUCACAGGAUUCCCGUAUCAUGCAGCAGUCUGGAAUUUCUACAAAAACUCUUCAGAAGGGGUAUGCUGCCCGCCACGCGGAAACAGCCGUCCACCGGACUUUUCAGAUCAAAACGUUUAGUACAGAGUUGAAAAACCAUGUGAUGGUCAUGGAUUUUGUGAAGAGGAACUGGUUUCCCUCCCAGAGAAGAGCCAAAGUUUGUAUCAUCCAUAUGUAUCAAGGCCUGAAGACAGCUGAGCAGACAGCCAGCAGAUACGAGGGGACUCUGGCAUCUCAGAACACAAAAAUGAUUUCAUCCAUAGUCAUUUCACAGCUGAUUGAUGAGAAUAAAUCAAAAGAAAAUGGGGCCGAGUUGCCUGUGCCGUGUGCGUAUCCCAUGAAGCUAUCGCUGGCUAAUCGCAGCGGAGUCACUAUUAACAGGGCCUUCGAGUUCCUUCCCGGUAGACUAGGAAUUCAGACGACGGUGGGGGAGCGAGGACCUGCGACAGAGCUGCCGCGCAAGGAGGAGAAGCCGUGCGGUGGCUCCCAGAAGGGAUUUGCUUCCAUCACCAUCACGGCCAGGCGCGUGGGGCCCCCUGCCAGCACCCUGGUGUGGGAGGCUGUCGGGGACCCGCUCUGCAUCAAGUGCAGGGCCCAGGAUGCUCUGCUUGGGGACCCCUCUACUCUGGCUGGUGGUGCCGAUGCAAGUCGGCACCAUGGACCUUUCACCUGUACAGAAUUCUCCAGAAACAGCUCUGUGAUGGGGCUGAAGAUCCCUGAAGCCCACGCACGGCUGUGUGAGGGACACGAGUACUGGAUCACCAAUGUGGACAGCAGGGAGGACCAUUCUUCUCCAAGCACCCCACGGUCACAGGAGGGAAAGAGCCCGCUGGUGUUCAGCUCCUGUGUCCAUCUCAGAGUGUCUCAGCCGUGUCCAAAUUCCGUCUACUAUCUGGACAGGUCCCUGUCUGUCCCCAUUGAGCCACCUCGACUUGCUGGCCCUAAGAUGCACAGAUCCGUUCUGUCCCUCAACCUAAAUUGCAGUUCACACAGACUGACACCAGAUGGCGUAGAUGGCACAGCUAACGGAGAGCCAAUAAGCAGCGCCUUGAAGCUGGAGCUCACGGAGGGAAACCAAAACCUCCUAGGCCCUCGCUGGAACCUAGGUUUGCAAGAAAGUUUCUUGAAGGAAAACCCAUCGUUGGGGCGGGUACAUUUGGGGACCGCGGGAACCGGCAUGUGUCCUUGGAGAGGCUCUCCUUCACUGGAAAAUACAGCUGCGGGAAGUAACCAGGUCACUGUGAGAAAAGGGAAGGAGGACCACGCAGCUCGUUGUCACACCGGUGGUCAUGGUCACGCCAAGCAACUGUCCAUUCACAUCCCGGGCUGGAGCUACACGGCAGGAGAUUACACGUGCUGUGACUUGGUUGUUAAAAUAAAGGAAUGCAAGAAGAGUGAGCAGCCCACCACGCCCGAGCCCGAGCCAGCGCCCACUGAGCCAGAAACCCCCCAGGGACCAGAGACCCACGACCUGCCGGAAGACUGUUCCAAGAGCCCGCAAAUGCCCACAAGCUCCUUGACCUUGCAGGAGGCCCUGGAAGUCCGCAAACCUCAGUUCAUUUCUCGCUCGCAAGAACGUCUGAAGAAGCUAGAACACAUGGUACAGCAGAGAAAAGCCCAGCAGAAGGAGAGCCUGGGCCAGAAGCAGAGUCUCCUUCCUGUCCGCGCCAAUAAGAAGCAGUUCACCGUUCCCCACCCUCUUAGCGAUAAUUUGUUCAAACCGAAAGAAAGGUACAUUUCAGAGAAGGAGAUGCAUAUGCGAUCUAAAAGAAUCUAUAAUAACUUGCCGGAAGUUAGAAAGAAAAAAGAAGAACAAAAGAAAAGGGUGAUCUUACAGAGUAACAGACUCCGGGCCGAAGUCUUCAAAAAGCAAUUACUGGACCAGCUCCUUCAAAGGAACGCAGUCUAACCACAGGCUGCCCUGCUGACCCUCUACCUGGACCUGGGACGACUUCAAACGCUGGAUAAGCCAUUAAACUUAGCAUUAUCUGCAUGACGUGAAAUACUUAUUUUACUUUUGAUUUUUUUUUUUCAUAAAGGAAAGCAUAGCUUCCCGAAUUGCUGACCCAAACCAAGCAGAAACAAAACCCCUUGAGGAAAUGGAUCAUCAGACCGCAGUGGGGUAAUCAACUCAACUGAACCCACUCGAUACGGUCCCUUCAUUUUUUUUUCACUUCUGAAUUUUAUCUUUUGCUUCUGGUUUUUCCCCCUACCAUUUCCACUCAGGCAGAAAGGUCUUCUAUGCUCAAGCGGGCUUAGAUCCCUGGGAGCUGGGGGUUUUUUUUUCAUUGAAUUUCUAGGACCUAAAAUACAUCACUUUCAAAAUACCAAUCUCAACUUCUGCCAGUUCUGCAAACUCCAAAUUUGGGGAUAUCACACAGUGUGUUUGCAACCUCUCUGGGUGUGUGUGCCAUGUAAUACUGAAGGCAAACUUUGGAACUAGGCGGGCGCUCUGCCAGGGGCUGGGGACAAGUGACCUGUUUCUUGGUGACCUGGGGUGAUCAGAGCAGCCCUCACUACUCCCACCCUACUCCCAGGACCUGCCUUUGUUUAGCAGAAGAGCCUAUUUCCAUGGAAGCCAUGAGGGCAGAAUUGGCUGAAAAAAGUUGUAGGUAACUUCAGUGUUUUCUGUAAACCGUCCAGCCCCCAGAAAGAGCUGUGUUGCUGAAAAUGGCCUGAUGGCUCCAACUGUAACGUUUCUUCCUCCAAACAGUUACAAUGUCCAUUAUUUAUAAAUGUGCAUUUGGGGAGUGAAGAGCAAUAGCUUUAUCAAAAAUGGAAAUAAAUGCAAUUAUUACAAAAAUUAAA